AUGGGGCGCUCGAAAACCAUCAUUCCACUGUUGUGGCUUUCUUUGGUGGAUGCACAAAUUAAUACCCCGAAUUUAAGUUGGCAUGCGCCGAGGAAGACGUGGAUCAACGACCUUUCAGAGGUUAUAAAUGGAACGGGAACGCAUGGCUUCAUAUUCAACAGCUCUCAGCUACCUCCGGGAACACCUUAUAGCGCGUACAAUUGGUGCAAUAUGCCGCACGUGAGGCGACAGGAGUAUCCGAAAGCAAUGCAAGGGUAUACGCUGGAAUACGUUGAAGUUAUCCACCGUCAUCACAAGCGCACACCCUACGCAUCCAACACCUUCCCGAAGGAGGGCUAUGUUUGGGACUGCUCAGACGAAGGUCUCUUCUACUACGGGCAACCCCUGAACCCAUCGGGAAAUAACUCGGCGACCGCCUUUUGGAGCGUAUACACAUCGAAUACGAAUCCCUUUGCACCGGCAGGCUUCAACGGCACCUGCCAAUUCCCGCAAAUCACGCGCGGCGGCCUGGACGACUCCUUCCAGCACGGUAAAGACCUCUACGGCGUCUACCACGACCUCCUCGGAUUCCUCCCGGAUGACAUCGGCGACAAAAUAACUUAUCGCGUAACCAACAACGUCAUCACAAGCCAAGUCGCCGGCAUGCUGAUCAAUGGGAUGUAUUCACCUUCGGAAACCAUACUACUCCAUAUCCAACCCUCAUCCAUCGACUCCCUCGAACCUGCGUACUCUUGCCCCGCUGCAUCCUCCGUGUACUCUUCUUAUGGCGUGGGCAGCACGGCAGCGAACUGGACCGCGCACCUCACAGCCGCCAAGCCGCUCUUCUCCUCACUUGAUGCGAUCUCCGGUGUUCCGGUUGACUCAGUGGACUGGCAUAAGUCUUUCGACCACUACUACGAUAAUCUCUCCGCGCGGCAGUGCCACGCUAAACUUCUCCCCUGCAAUAUCAACGAUACUUCGAAGUGCGUUACGCAAGACCAGGCCGAUACCGUGUAUAGGCUCGGUCAGUACGAGUACUCGUUCAUAUACCGCGACUCGCCUGCCUCGCUGCAAGCCGCCGUGGGCUCAUACGGCGUCUUCCUCGCCGAACUAGCUUCCAAUAUUCGCUCCCGAAUUUCUGGUCAAAGCCCCGUGAUUUAUCGGCACAACGUUGCGCACGAUGGUUCAGUAUCCCGGCUACUGAGCAUCUUGCAGGUCGAAGUCAUGGUGUGGGUUGGUAUGGGGGCGGAGGUGGUGUUUGAGGUGUAUUCGAAGAAUAGGAAGAGGUAUAUGAGGAUUUUGUGGGGCGGCCAGGUUUUAAGGAGUUCGAGCCCGGUGCUGGGGGCGGUGGAUAUGCUGGAUUUGGAUGUGUUUUUGGCGUAUGUUGAUGGGUUGGUGGGCGAAAAGGCCGGGAAGGUGGUUGAGUUUUGUGCAUCGUGA